CGUGGGCAGUGUGCUCACACACACACACACACACACACACACACACAGAGCGCAGCAUCGCUAGGCUGGCGGAGCUUCUGCAUCCACCAGACCGCAGUCCACCGCCUCGCCUCGGUGUGCUCCAGACAUGCAGGCCAAGAUGUUCGCCGUCAAAGUGAAGGACCUCAAGCAGCCGGGCUUUAUUCUCAAGAUCCUCGAGAUUGCGAUGCUGCUGACGACGACGCUGGUGGCGCGGCUGGGGCGCGGCGGCGGGCCCGUCAGCUUCCACCGGCUGUCUCCCGACGCCGACACGCUGGGCCAGGGCGUGUGCCUGGCCUACCUCAUCAUCACCCCAGUGCUGCUGCUCGGCUACCUGACCGGCGAGAUCGGACACCAGCGCAGGAAGAUGGAGUUCAUGUUCAGCGUGUGCGGCGCGCUGUUGCUGCUGGUGGCGGGCGCCGUGGCGGUCGACUUCUGGCGCAGCGUCGGCAUGAUCCCCAUGACGGCGGGCCCCGAGCACUGGGCGCGCGUCCGCGCCGAGCUCUCCGGGCUGGUGGCCAGCGAGCGAGCCUCGGGCCUCUCCCUGGGCUGCCUGGCGCUGCUGUCCGCACUGCUCUACCUCAUCGACGCCUUCUUCGGCUACCGCAUGGGGCUCUCCGCCUCCUCCGUCUGACAACAAGGACAGAUCCCUCAAAGCUUCCCUUCAUGGUGGUAUUUAUAAAACAUGAUGUGUGAAUAAAUGAAUGACUAAUGGAAGUUUGUUGAAGACUUUUGAACUAUAAUACUGAUCCUUGCUCUGAACGUUAAACAUUUAGACAAAGUUUACAUGCAUAUUAUUUCUGUGCCUUGUCAUUGUGUAAAUCACAAUUCAAAUAAAGUGAUUUUUGUUAUUAGUGAAAAAUGUCAUAUUGAAGUGAAUGUGAUGGGAUGUUCAUUGCAGUCUUCCAGGAUAACAACAACCAUGUGAACAGUUUCCCUGUGUUCCCAGCAAAUUUCAGAUGUUACUUUCAGGAUUACUCUCAAAGUAAAAAAUACUAUUGGUGUUUUCUCUGUGUAGCUGAAUGGUUAAAUUUGAGCUGUUCCUUUUGCAUUGAUGUGUAGUGCUAUGUUCAUUUGAAAGCAAAUUUCUUCACAACAGGUACAGCUAUUUAAUCAAAAGACACCAAAACUUACAGGAACAGCAGAAAAAAGAAAUUCUGUAAAUUCUCUUUCAUGACAUUUAUCGCUCAAUGUAAAUUAACUUCAAAGAAACUAGGUAUUAGUGUUGUGGCUGAUUUGUGUUUUAAUAUAUCAAUUUGCAACAUAUUUUAAAAAGAGAAACAAUGAAAAAUGUUU